UGUCCUAAUAGCAGAUUUCCAUUUUGUAGGAAAUCAAGCCCCAAGGCCAUUAUAACCUUGGAUACAGUGAUUCUCUUGGACGGAAAAGCCACAUUGAUGAUUACAGCACAUGGGACAUUGUCAAAGCGACACAGUAUGGAAUAUAUGAACGGUGUAGAGAAUUGGUGGAAGCAGGUUAUGAUGUACGGCAGCCAGACAAAGAAAAUGUUACACUUCUCCAUUGGGCUGCAAUCAACAACAGGAUAGAUCUGGUGAAAUUCUACAUAUCAAAGGGUGCUAUUGUUGAUCAGUUGGGAGGAGAUUUAAAUUCCACCCCACUUCACUGGGCAACAAGACAGGGUCACUUAUCCAUGGUUGUACAACUGAUGAAGUAUGGUGCAGAUCCGUCACUAAUUGAUGGGGAAGGAUGCAGCUGUAUUCACUUGGCUGCCCAGUUCGGGCAUACUUCUAUUGUUGCUUACCUGAUAGCAAAGGGACAGGAUGUAGAUAUGAUGGAUCAAAAUGGAAUGACACCUUUAAUGUGGGCAGCUUACAGAACACAUAGUGUGGAUCCAACUCGAUUGCUGCUUACUUUUAAUGUUUCCGUUAAUCUUGGGGACAAAUACCACAAAAAUACAGCAUUACAUUGGGCUGUGCUAGCGGGAAACACUACAGUCAUUAGUCUUCUACUAGAAGCUGGAGCUAAUGUUGAUGCCCAAAAUAUCAAGGGAGAAUCACCACUUGAUUUGGCAAAACAGAGAAAAAAUGUUUGGAUGAUCAACCACUUACAAGAAGCGAGACAGGCAAAGGGAUAUGACAAUCCAUCAUUUCUGAGAAAGCUAAAGGCUGAUAAGGAAUUUCGUCAGAAGGUGAUGCUAGGAACUCCAUUCCUAGUUAUUUGGCUGGUUGGGUUUAUAGCAGACCUAGAUGUUGAUUCUUGGCUCAUUAAAGGGCUAAUGUAUGGUGGUGUAUGGGCUAUGGUACAGUUUCUUUCAAAAUCAUUCUUUGAUCACUCAAUGCAUAGUGCCCUGCCUCUUGGAAUAUACUUGGCAACUAAAUUCUGGAUGUAUGUGACCUGGUUUUUCUGGUUUUGGAAUGAUCUCAGUUUUCUUUUUAUACAUCUUCCAUUCCUUGCCAAUAGUGUUGCACUUUUCUACAAUUUUGGAAAAUCCUGGAAAUCAGACCCAGGAAUCAUUAAAGCCACAGAAGAACAAAAGAAAAAGACAAUAGUCGAACUUGCAGAGACAGGAAGUCUGGACCUCAGUAUAUUCUGCAGUACCUGUUUGAUACGGAAGCCAGUGAGGUCCAAACAUUGUGGCGUGUGCAAUCGAUGUAUAGCAAAGUUUGACCACCACUGUCCAUGGGUGGGUAACUGCGUAGGAGCAGGGAACCAUCGCUAUUUCAUGGGAUAUCUGUUCUUUUUACUUUUUAUGAUCUGUUGGAUGAUUUAUGGCUGUAUUUCUUAUUGGGGAAUCCAUUGUGAGACUACUUACACAAAGGAUGGAUUGUGGACCUACAUUACACAAAUUGCCACCUGCUCACCUUGGAUGUUUUGGAUGUUUCUAAAUAGUGUGUUUCAUUUCAUGUGGGUAGCUGUGUUACUCAUGUGUCAGAUGUAUCAGAUAUCGUGUUUAGGUAUCACUACAAAUGAAAGGAUGAAUGCAAGACGAUACAAGCACUUUAAAGUCACAACAACAUCUAUUGAAAGCCCAUUCAACCAUGGAUGUAUAAGGAAUAUCAUAGACUUCUUUGAAUUCAGAUGCUGUGGUCUUUUUCGUCCUGUUAUUGUGGACUGGACAAGGCAGUAUACAAUAGAAUAUGACCAAACUUCGGGAGCAGGCUACCAGCUAGUGUAGCACCACCUUCAUCCUGUGAGCAUAUCAUAUCUGAGUGGUGCCUGAAAAUUUUCUCUCUCUCUCUCUCUCUCUCGAAUCCACACCCUUUGAACCGUAGCAUGCUAUGUGUAGGGCUAACAAUGAAUCUUAUGGUACCUUCUCUUUAUCAGAGAUUUAUUAAUGAGUAAAAAUGGACAGAAUAAACUGCCAAUCCUGAUAAGGAAGAGGAGGAAGACUGAAAAGGGAUUUUAACCAUUCUUAACAUGCGAAUUAUUCAUGAGAAUUAUUCACAACAACAUAUUCACUGCAUUUGUUGUUUGAUUUUUUUAUUUAACACCUUUUGCAAUAGCGCAUGAGAUUAUUGAAGUGUUGACAUACCUAGUCAUGUUGUGCUGAACAGAAGUAUUCAUUUCUCAAUUUGAAUAAUUCCAUUGGAGCAAAAGUCUAAAACUAAAUUUCAUAAUGCAGUCAGACUUCAUUAAGAUUGCUGCAUUUUAUUUCCUGUAGUGUGAUUUUAUAUUGAUUUUUCUAUAGCAUUAUGUACAUGGAAAAAUGUGCAUUUCAAUACUGUGAUUAAAAUCAUGUGGUUUUAUUGGGGAUCCACUGUAAUGUGUUAUGCUGCUGAAGCAGAGCACAUGAGGAUAAUGUUCACAAUUAAGUGUGUUGCCUAUAUUUUAUGGCUCUCAGCUGUUACAGCCAUCUGUUUCCAGUACUUGUUUUGAGGUUAUAUAGUCUGAAAAUAAAGAGUUGCACGAAUAAGGAAAGCUCUUCUGUUGAAAUCGAAGCCCUGCUUAAGUGCAUGAUAUACCUUUUAAAAAUAGAUCACAAUAUAUACUAUAUGAUAUUCAGAAAAAAAACAGAGUUUAAUUUGAUAUCAUUGAACAAAUUAUAUAAGCAAUUUAAUAGUAGGAGUGAUCCAAUGUAAUAUAUUGCGUAGUGACUAUGAAGGUUUGAAGGGAAGUUGCAUAGGGGGACCAAAGAUGUGUCUGCAAAAUCUCAGUAAUAGAAAAGAAAGAUUUAUAACCAUUUUACAUUCUAUGUGAUUGCAAAGCAAAUAGUGAAAACUAACUGAAACACUCAUUUUGUUUGCACAUAAAAUGAUUGAAUCCAAGCUUAAGUAAAGUGUGAUCUCUGUUAAUAGCACACAUGAAUGGAAAAUCUAAUAGGACACUCCGAAGAAGAUGGUAUGUCAGCAAGUGGAAAUCACCCUUGAGAUUUUUUUUUUCUGUUAAAUUCUUACACUGCAAAUAUGUUUGAAAGGUAAGGAAUGAUCUGAAAUCUCAUUCCAAAGGGGCUUUUUGUUGUUGAAUAUGAUGCACUGAUUCUGUUUUGGCGUUUUCCUAUACCCAUGGUGAAUUAUUCACUGUUUCCUUAACUAUUGUUUACAGAGAGACUGAGUCUUGGAUUAGUUCUCUUUUAAGUGCUGUAGCAACCUAGUGGUUCGAAAAAUCUGUGAAGGGAGUUUGGGGAGAGGACCUGGAAGCAGUUGAUAGAGACCACUGUAAAGAAUGUGUAUCUGUAUAUAAAUAAUUUAUCAAAUAGUUUUCUCUUUGUGAGUGCGUGGUAGUAUAUUUAAGAUUGCUCAUUUCAUUUUAUCAACCAAAAAGUGUAGGAAAAUAUCUAAUGAGCUUUUAGUGAUGUUCAGUAUUGCUGUUAAUAGGCAUUAUACCUUGCAAAUUCACUGCAUGUUUGAUGCUUGGCAAAAUUAGCAUUCUCUGUAAUAUGCAGAUUACAGGUAUUAAAGCAAUCUAGUGGUAUUCCCACCCCUUGCCUUAGUAAGAGGAGCAGUGAAACUGUAAAUAGGUAAUGUUCAGUAUUUGCAAGUAGACAUUUUUUUCUUUAGAUGUUUCUUUGAUAACAAGACACACAGUUUCUAAGUACCAGAUAUCAAGAUUUACAGAAACAUAAAGUUAGUGUACUUGAAUGUUUAAUACUGGGGACGGGAGGGGAAAUCAACACUAUAUUUGACAUAUUUGGGUGGGAGAGAAGAGUUGGUUACAAGAGUGAUGAGGUCUGUGCCAUUUUCUCAAAAUCUAGAAUUGUAACAAUUUUGUUAACAUUAACAACAAAUGACACCAUUAUUCCUGUUUUUAAUUUCUAAAUAGAAAAAGCAUGAAUAAACCUUCAAAAUUUCAUUGCCUAUUUUACAGUUAAAGAUAAUGUGUUGCACCUCUAUGGAAAAGCUUUUUUCUUCAUUUAUAUUUGGGGUUGGUUGGCAUAAAGAACUUCGAUCAAUUGAUCAGUUUUUAGUAAAUAUAUUUCAUGGCAUCAGUAAUCUGUUAUGUAAAAUACAUUGUUUAUUUUAGUUGUUUAAUUAACUAUCAAAGUCUGUAUACCGGAAUGUUUGCAAAACAAAGGUGGACUUUGGUGGUAAUAUGAGGUUAAUUUUGCCGUCAUUAAUUGAACAUAGCUCCGUAGUGGGAGUAUUGCUUCCCAAAGAGUUAAUUGACUUGAAUAAAAUUGAGACCUAUGAUCUGAAACCUUCAGAAUGGGAAAUACCAUCUGUGCAUCAUUUUUCUCUCAAGUAAGCAAUUCAACUUAAAUUUGCAUAUUACAGCAAAACUACAUCACUUUGAAAACUUUAUUAAACUGAUCCAGACUGAAAUCAGAUCAGCUUUAUCUGAUAUAGGUUGAGUAAAUGGGAAUUUUGUCUCAGCCCUAAACAUGUGCUGUUUCUUUGCAGGUUUCUGUGUUCUUUGGUGUCCACCAGAUUUUGUUUUUGAAAAUUAAUAAUCAUAAAACAACAUCAUUACAUUUUAAGCUAUGGAUACAUUGUUUUUGUAUUUUCUUUAUUUAUAACUGUGCCAAGUAUUAUUUUACUACUGUCAGGAUCUUGAUGUAUUACAUGGUGAACAGAAAUCUGUAUAUGUUUAAUAAAUUAGCACUCCUUACAUAAAUUAAAUCUGUGAAAAUUUUGUAAGUUAUUAAUCAAAUAAAUAUUGACUCUAAGUUGCAGUGUUUGUCUUGACUUUUUGUGGCACACUAAGUUUAUUCAGUAAGCUGUGUAGCGCAAUCAACAAUAAUAUGGAAGAGUUGUCUUAUGACGGAGUAUAAAUAAAUUAUUGUGCAGCAUAACACAUUUCCAGAUGUUGUUUUGUCCAAUGUAAUUCUAAGUAGGGAGAAUAUAAUUGUUUUCUACAGUAUUUUGAAGAAGAAAAUACCAAUAUCAUAAUAAUACAUUACCUUUACUUUCGUAGCCUCUUUCCAAAAAUAUUCCCCAGUGUUUUACAGCAAGUAUGAGCCAAAUUCUGUGUUGAUACACAUUGGCACACCUCUCUUUUCGUCAGCGGGGUUGCAUUACAUGUAAAUCUCCUCUGUAUUUUAAAAUAAGUAUUAUCCACCAAUGAACGGUAUUAUUUUCUGAAGAGGAAUAUGCUGGCAACACAGCAUUCCUGUUUUUAGGAAGGACUGGGUUCCUUUAUUUUAAUAAUUUAAGUUUGAAAAGAAAAGGAAAGCAAAUUAGAAACUUUCCCCUUCUUUUGCUUCAGCAAUAACAAAGACUGGAAUCUACUUUAAAGGACAUCUUUGAUUCAGCCUCACUGGUAGAUACAAUAACUUGUUUUCAUCUGUGUUGUCA